AAAAGUAUACGAUGUUCCACAAGUUCAUGCCCAAUGUCAGGACUAUUUUAAUACUGAUGACUUUUGUGGUUGCUCUUGCGAUGCCAGCAUGCGCCGCGAAAAAUGUUUUAACAUUGAGCAAACACAGCGAACGUGCGCUGCACAUCAAUUCGCACGGCAAAGUGACCGCCGAGAAGAUAUUGCGGACGUAUCAAUACUUCACUAUGGAAGCUGUCAACGAUGUGUUCAAUGUGUUGGAUUUCAAAAUCACCAUCUAUUCGGCGGAUGUAGAUUACUAUCUGUGCUUCCAUCACGGCAGACUGGUUGGAAAGAGAAACGCCACAAAGGACUGCCACUUUAAGGAGGGAAUAUUCAUGGGCAAUCAAAACUUUAGCAGCGCCUAUAAUCCAGCGCUGCGUGUGGGUUUCAAGGGAAAUUUUAAGCCAAUUGGCCUAAAUGAUUUUUCCAAACCGAAAGUGAUGAAGAAGGCCAUACUGUUUUUCUUUCCUUUGAAAGAGGAGAAAUUCAAUUUACAUUUGGCUAAAGUGCUGAGCAGCAGCACCACCACCUCCACCACGACCACAACAACAACUACAUCAACCACAACAACGACAACAACAACACCACCACCCAGUACCACAACAACAAGAACCACACCAGCUAGCCCAGUGGCGGUCACAAAACGGACGCGUUCGAAAUCGCGUCGCCCAACAAGUAUUAAUAGCAAUAGUAGCAACAGCAAUAGCCCUGACAAAACCAGCAGACACAACAGUAAUAGCCUUAAGUCCUACAACCAAGCCAAUAGCAACAACAACAACAGCAACAAUAAUGAGCUGGAUCUGCAGCAGGAACAGGUGAUCCUGCAGAGGAGUCGUAAGUUCGAUCGCCGCCAGAGGCUGCAGCAAAAGAAGCGGCAGCUGCAACUGCAGCAGCAGCAGCAGCACCGCCGUCGCCAUCGGCACUACGGCACAGUGGGUGUGAUGGCCAAACCGCAGCCCAAAAACUUGGAGGGGCCUCAUCAUCACAACAACAACAGCAAUGCCACCAUACUGGAGCGGCGCAGACGUCGCCGCUUGGAGCGGCAGCAGCACAAGUUGCAGCGCGAGUUGUGGGAGCGCGAGCAGCGUGAGGCGGGCGACAAGGAGCGGGAACGCGAGCGGGUGGAGCACCUGCCCAAGGCCACCUCCUCGGCCUCGUCCUCCUCCUCCUCCUCGUCGACGGCCACCUCGACCGCUCUGACCGCCACGGCCGCCUCGCUGGCACCCAGCGCCUUCAAUCUGGUGGCCAUCAUGGCAGCCAGUCGUCGCAAGCGGGACAGGCGAAAACGCUCGGCGGUUGCAACAGGUGCCGGUGCGGGCGCAACAGGUGCAGGUGCAACAAGGGGCGGUGGCAGUAGCAGCAGUGCGCCCGAUGCUGAUAUGCAACUGGUGGAGCUGCCCUCGCAGCGAUUGCAGCAGCAGGAUGAGCAGCACCCACAAAACGAAUACUCAAAACCAUAUGUUAAUAGUAACUUAAACUUAGAUCUAGACCUAAACUUAAACGUAAACGUAAAGGAACUAAUUGUUAGUAAUAGCGUUAGCGUUAAUCAUGCAAUACCUGCCUUGCCAAAAAACUACAACUACUUGUACAGUAACGAGCAUUAUAAUUUGAAUACUAAAAGUAGCACGACUGAUUCUAGUAGUUUAGACGAUAGCACUAAGUUCGAUAGUCCAAAUAGCCAUAGCCCUAGCCAUAGCCACAGCGCGUUCAAUCAGAAUAUUGACAAUAAUCUUAAGCAAUUAACCGAUCGAAUUGAACUUGCCUCAGCCGAAAGCCAAGUUGAGACAACAGUGACCCCCGAAGGUGAGACAGAGACAGAGACAGUUACUACCGAAACUGUUGUGGAGAAUCGCAAUCAUAUUGAUGCUAAUAAUAUAAUCGACGAUGGCUACCCGAACGACGAGGAGCACGGAGAGCAGAUUCUUAAGAAACUUCUUCGUGGCCUCAGGUUGCAACAGCAACAGCAACAGCAACAGCAACUGCAACUGCAACAGCAACAUGUGCAGCAGCAACAACCUAAUAUUGAAAACCCUAACGAAAAUAUUAAUGUUGUUAACAAUAAUCAGAAUCAUAAUGAUAAUGGGCUGCUGACAAACAAUAACCAUAAUAGUAAUUACAAUGAGCAAUUUGCGAAUGACGAUGAAACGAUACGAAUUCAAAAUAAUAAAUAUGAAACACAUAUAGUACAAUACAAACAUGCGGUAUUUAUUUGGCAAAUAGUGGGGGAAUUCUAUGAAAAUUCUAGCACUUACAGCACAUACACAUAUUACUCGAUAAUCCUCGAUAAUUUUGGUAACAAAGUCUGUGAAAGUGGCUAA